ACCUUUUGUUGUGAGAGAUUGGAGAUUUGAGAUAUCUAAAUUAGAUCGGACGGUCGGAAGUGGGGGGAUUUGAAGCUUACUAAGAAACGCCCUUCGGCAUGCUAACCCAGCUCGGGAAGACCUCUGUUUCGUUGAAGUUUCAGGGGCUCAAGUCAACUGCGCAAGUCGUUGUUUAGGGUAGGUAGUCAAGGUCUCUGAAACCUUUGCUCUCUUUCAUCCCUCACAAGUUUUCUGGGAUUCACACACCUACAUCUCCAUCUCCAUCGAUCGAUUAAGAAAGAACAGGGAGAAAGAGUUAAUUGAGCAAUGGAGCGGAACUGGCCUUCGUUUCUGGCAGUGGCCGCACUUUCCCUAGCUGCAUUUUCCGUGAUUUCCCGGCGUCAGAAGAAGAGCUCCACCUCCCACCAACCCUCCACCGACUCCGACUCCGACCGCGCCUCAUCCUCCUCUACCUCCGAUUCUUCUACGCGGGCUCCUCUUCCAGCUGGAAAUUACGAGGUUUUCCUGAGCUUCAGAGGCCCCGACGUGCGAACAACUUUUGCCGAUUCUCUCUACCACUUCCUGGCCCAUUCCAAGAUUCGCGCCUUCUACGAUGACGAACAGCUCCGAAAGGGCGAGGAGAUUGCUCCGUCCCUCGUCCAGGCUAUUCACGAAUCCAAAAUCUACAUCCCAAUCCUUUCCCAAGGCUAUGCUUCCAGCAAAUGGUGCCUCGAAGAGCUCUCUCUCAUGGUCAAAUCCUUGAAUCAAAACCCAGGCCACAUCUUGCUGCCCAUUUUCUACUUCAUGGAGCCUAGGGAUGUUCGGCACCAAGAGGGUUCUUACAGGCGAGCAUUUCGACAGCACAGUCGGGAAUAUGAUGCAGAGACAGUCAGGGAAUGGAAGGAAGCUCUCCGAGUGGUCGGCCAAAUGAAAGGAUGGCGUGUCACUGAAUCCGACGGACAAGGAGCAGUGAUAGAUAAGGUUUUCUCCCAAGUGUGGUCACAUCUGAUGGGAGAUUACACAUUAGUGACUGAUGAGUUGAUUGGUGUUGAAUCUCAGGUAAGGGAAGUGAUUGAUUUACUGGACUUGGACUCUAAGGGUCUGAAAAUUGUUGGGAUUCACGGUAUGGGUGGUAUUGGCAAGACCGCCAUCAGCAAAGCUGUCUUCAACGAGGUAUCUUCAUGGUUUGAACGUUCUUGCUUUCUGGAAGAUAUCCGAGAAACAUUGUUGGAGAAUGAUGGUGUUGUUACUUUGCAAAACAAGAUAAUUUCUAGUAUUCUGAGGCAUGAUAGUCAUGUUAAAGAUACUAGCGAAGGGAUCCACAUAAUUAGAGAUAAAGUUUGCAAGUACAAGGUUUUCAUUGUUCUAGAUGAUAUAGAUGGGAGGUUUGAGUUCGAAAAAAUCUUUGGAAAAUUACGAGAUUUCUCCACGGGAAGUCGAUUUAUUAUGACGACAAGAGACAAAAGGGUUUUAGAGUUCUUUGAAGAAUGUAGGUUAUUUGAAGCUAAAGAAAUGAGUUACACCAACUCUUUUCAACUUUUUCGAAGACAUGCGUUUCGGACGGAUGAUCCUCAAGAAGAAAAAGCAGCUCUUGGCAGGGAAUUUGUAAAAGUUGCUGCAGGACUUCCUUUUAGCUAUAAAGGUUGUAGGAUCACUUUUGUUUCGUAAAGAGAAAAAAGUUUGGGAAGAAAAGUUGGAGGAAUUAAGGGAAAGACCUAGCACGGGUGUGUAUGAAAUUUUGAAAAUAAGUUAUAAUGAUUUAAGCCCCACAGAAAAGGAAAUCUUUUUAGAUAUUGCUUGUUUUUUUAUUGGAGAAACCAAAACAUCACCAUUUUAUAUGUGGAGUGAUUGUAAGUUUUAUCCAGAAAGUGGUGUUAGCAAUCUUAUUCUUAAAUCCUUGAUAAAAGUUGACAUGAGAAAUCGGUUCUGGAUGCAUGACCACAUCAGAGACCUUGGUCGAGCUAUUGUUCGUGAAGAAAAUAGUCAACAACCAUGGAAACGCAGUAGGAUAUGGUCCAACGAGGAUGCAUUGAAUAUGUUAGAAAAUGGACAGGGAAAUGACAAGGUGGAAGUUCUUAGAAUCAACACGAUAGAUCGAGAUUAUCUGAAGUUGACAGAAAAAGAAUUCAGGAAUUUAUCCGGGAUAAGGUUUCUUCAAGUGACGAAUGAGAGAAUGACUGGAGAUUUCAGUAACAUACUUCCAAAUGUACGAUGGCUUAAAUUGGAUCAUUGUGGUUCAAUACCAUAUGAUAUUAACGUGAAGAAAGUGGUAAUUCUUGAUAUAGUUCGAUCCUGCAUAAGAGAUGAUUGGAGAGGCUGGAAAAGAGUCAAGGAGGGUAUGAAGCUGAAGGUCGUAAAUCUAUGGGGGUGCAAUGAAUUGGUGAAAGCUCCCGACUUGUCCUCCUGUGGCAGACUUGAGGUAAUAAAAUUUGAGCACUGUACUGAGAUGAGAGGGGAAAUGCACAUCAGUAGUUUCAAUAAUUUAAUACUGCUGAGGCUCGUGGGUAGCAAGAUAACAAAGCUGAAAGGUGACAUUGGGAUGAUUAAAGAUCUGAAAGAGAUUGAUACUUCCAAUUUGAAAGAAUUGCCAGCCGGUAUUGGUAAUCUAAGCUCUCUGGAAAUCUUGAGUUUGAGGUCAUCAUCUCCGGUGGAAGUACCUGCACUCCCGACAAGUUUAAAGAAACUGGCCCAUUCGUCCCCCAAGGUUCCAAAUCUGUUGGAGCUCAAGGAGUUGGAGGAGCUAUGCUUUCAGUAUUGUUUGGCUGAAAUUCCUGGAGAUAUAUGGCUUCACCUAACCAAGUUGAAGAGCUUGAUGAUAAACUAUUCCCAUAUCAGAAGUCUACUGCUGCAGGUGGAGUCAGCUGCAGAGGGUAGUAGCACUCUCCCAUCCUCUCUCAGCAGCCUUGUUGUGCUUGCUUGUUCGAAAUUGGAGACGCUACCGAAUCUUGCAAAUCUGAGUAAUUUGACCGAGCUAAGACUUCAGUGUUUUCUGGUAGAUGAGAUACGAGGCCUUGGACAGCUGAGAAAUUUGAAAGAAUUUACUAUACUUGAUGCCCGAUACCUGAAAAGUCUCGACGGUCUACAGAAUUUGGUGCUCCUGCAACGGCUUACUGUGAGCAAUUGUGAUGCUCUGGAUAAACUGCCCAGUCUCUGCAACUUGACCAAGUUAGACGCAUUAGCGGUUCUUGAUUGCCGGGUCCUGUUUGAAAUCCAAGGUUUGGAUGCAUCAAUGGGAGAGUCUUCCUUAACAGAUCUGGAAAUAAGGAGUUGUCCCAAAUUGAGAGACUUUGCAUCACCAGAUACAGGACUACUACGUAUUUCUUCUUUCAGCAACCUCAAGGAGUUAACUGUUAUGGAAUCUCCUCCAGUUGGUCCUUUACAUACUGCAUCUGUGCCACGAAUCCGAAUCCUAGAUCUCUCUGGUCUUGGUAAUCUAAAAGUCAUAAAGAUUUGUUUUUGCCAUCAAUUGACCGAGAUUAUGGGGUUUAACACACUGCAGUCGUUAGAAGAGCUAAAUAUUUUAAGUUGCCCCUCCAUUCAGAAGCUGCCGAAUCUAUAUGCCCUCCAGAAUUUGAAGAAAUUAACAAUUCGGGAUGCCACACAGUUGAUCGAGCUUGAAGAGCUCAACGGGAAUUCGUUGCAAGUGCUCAAACUAUCCCAGUGCUCAUCAAUUCUCAAGUUACCAGAUCUGCCUGGUCUCACGAGUUUGAUAGAUUUGACUAUAAGACAAUGCACAGAACUGUCAGAAGUCACGGGGCUAGAAAGACUGGAGUCAUUGGUAUCACUAAAGUUGAUUGAUUGUGCAUCAAUUGUGAGGUUGCCUGAUCUGUCAGAACUGAAGCAUCUGAAAGCGUUAGACAUCAGCGGGUGCACACAAUUGGCGGAGAUAAUGGGGUUAGAGAGUUUGGAAUUGUUACAAGUGCUAGAGAUGUCGAGGUGCAAGUCAAUUGACAAGUUGCCUGAUCUAUCUCGUCUUGAGCAUCUGAGGAUAUUGAAUAUUACGGAAUGCACAGAGCUGACAGAGGUCAUGGGAGUUGAGAGAUUGGAAUCGCUGGAAGUACUAUUGAUGUCAGGGUGCAAGUCAAUCAAGGAGCUGCCGGAUAUAUCUGGUCUAAAGAAUCUGAAGAAGUUGGAUGUAAGGGAAUGCAGCCAGUUGACCAGAGUCACUGGCCUCUACAAUUUAAAUUCUUUGCAGGUGCUUGGCCUGCAAGAUUCCACGUCGGCGUCGGGGUCCAUGGAUCCAUUUGCCUCACUCUGA